CGUAAAAUAAUAAUAAUAAUAAUAAUAAAUAAUAAAUCACAGCCGUCGUUGAUUCAAUAUCCGUGAUAUGUCGUCGAACGGCGGCGUGACGUUGUCAUCAUAGUCGCGGCCGUGCAAGACGCCUUACGAUACACUGACAACUGUCGCGGGACACGGACACGUCUCUGGGUGCUUUUACAUCUAGUGGCGGCGCCGCCGCGGGAAAACGGACUCGCGCGCGUUCCGUCCGUCGGUCCGGCGGCGGCGGCGUCGGCGACGAUGACGGUGACGAUUUCGCGGCGGCGUCGGCGGCGGUGCCGGUCGCGUCGUUGUUGUCGCCGUUAGCAGUAGUGUUAAUAGUCGGCGGUCCGGGCUCGACGAGCGCGGCGUUUUCGGCGGUCGGAAACCGGCGGCGGUGGCGGCUGCGACGACAUGGGAAACUAUUGUUCGUCGAAACAAAAGGACGGCGGAGGCGGUUCCGACGAAUAUUUGCAAAAAGCUCGUUAUAAAAAAAGUCAAAAGAAAGCCGACAAGGCAACUAAUGUGAUAUCUGUACCCAAAAAGGGUAAAAGCCAAGUCGCCGUAUCUGUGGCGGCAACGACAACGGUGACCAACAGCACCAAAGCAGCACAUGCGUCUAACUGUAACGUCGGUGGGGUGCCUUUUAUAAUUCCGAAAAUUGAACAACCCGAUGAACAGUCAACCACAUCAACAAUCAUCUGCAAACCCUUUGAACCAAGCAACAUAUCCGCUGCCAUAGAUAAAACACCAGAAAAAUGUCUUCCGUUUACGUGUAUACUAUCGGAUGAAUUAAAAAAUGUAUCAAUUGAGACGAAAAAAUUGCUGCUUGGCGUUUUCGAACCGACUGCAAAUCAAAAAAUAAACAAAAUUGUCGUCUACAUCUGUUUGCCGGAUAAUAAAGGAUUUCCAGACGAAAGACAAAACCUGUACAAAAAUGUGCUACCGGCAAUCCGGUCGAAAUGCACGGAAAUUGGUUACGAACUACAUGUAGUAGACCUAUAUUGCGACCACCAGCAUCAACAAGAAUUCGGACAGCUAGACAACGCUGUCCGGCUGGCGGAACUGCGCCGGCAGAACCGCUUCGGUCACGUUGUUCCUGUUGUCUUCGUGGACGACUCGCUGGGUCCGCCAGUUCUACCCCAUGAGAUGACCAAACAGGAUUUCGAUCUGGCCAGGAUCAAAACGCCAGACACCAGUAAACUGAUCGAAAAAUGGUACACACUAGAUGCGCAGAAAAACAACUUCGAGCUCCGCAACGAGAUGAUGUUUGAAACGACAUUCGAGACUCAGGAAGCCGACGAAAAACAGUGGCACGAUGAAAAAGUACAGCUGCAAAUCGCACUCAUGAAGAUGUUUGAUUCGAAAUCUUCACAGAACGGUUACGAUGAACAAGUUUUUCAACAGGAAAUUCUUAAUGAGAUCAUGUUGAACGCCGAAUUGGCUAAAAGGUCUGUGUGGAUUAUCAACAAUUACGACGUGAUUUCCGAUCACAAAUGUAAAACUACUGCGAUGGAAUCCAAAAAGAGACUCGAACAAAUUAGCAAACAGUUGAAGAAUGAACUGCCUGAAACCAAUAUCAUAUUUUACGAAAUAUCCAACGCGACGGAAUCUAUAAAGAAAAUAGGAUCCGUAUUAAUGUCUAUUAUCGAAUCUAUAGACAAGGAAAGUGAAAAACAAGAGCCAACGUAUGGUAUAAGCGUAAAACUGUUGGAAGAGCUGAGGAUACAAGCGUGGUUCGGAUACAACGCGGCCAAACGGGCUGUUCGCCGGGAUGAAGCUAUGGAACGUGCUAAAAAAUAUUUGACGAAUGCGGACGCAGCGUACCCGUUGAUCUUGUACGGACCAUCGGGGUCAGGCAAGACCACGGUGAUGGCGGCCAUAGCGAAACAAUGUUAUCUAUGGAAUAAAAAUGCAGUAGUGAUGGUGAGAUUCGCCAACGCAUCCGCUAAUAGCUCAUCACUGGAGCAAACGCUCCACUCACUAGUCGUUCAAUUGAAUCUUGUGGAUAGCGGGAAAUGUACUUGGUACAAGCACGACGUACAACUAUACUCUGAACAAAUAACACGUCUGUUGAGUUCGAUUGGAUCGAAAUGGCCGGUGGCGUUGAUCGUUGACGGAUUAGACCGAUUCGAGAAUGAUUUUGUGGAUUGGAUACCGCAGUCACUGCCCAACAACGUCAAGAUCAUAGUAUCAGCCUCGGAGCCUUCAACACAUCUAAAUCGAUUGUAUCAAACCAUAAAAACAACGGAUUCAUAUAUACGGAUAGCAGACUUGACGGACGAACAAAUCAACUCCUUAUUAUCGGUAGCGAUCAUCCGACCGAUUGGUGGCAUCGGCAGCAGUGGUGAAACGACAAAAAUCGACUGCAAAACGGUAAUCAUCAAAACACCGUUAGAAUUUCAAGUGAGCUUGUUGUGUUCUAAAAUACGAAAUUCGAAACAACCAUCUUCGUCAGAAAAGUGGGUGGAAGCUAUUUUCGAUAACAUUGAAUCACAUCUCGGCAAAGACAAGGUAUCCACUGUGAUUGGCCACAUGUGCGCCACCCGAUACGGUUUACUUGAUUCGGAGUUGGUUGAAUUACUAUCUUCGGAAAAUGAAUUUCGAAAUCCAGACCUUUCCGUCACUGCGAUUCCGACGUCAGCCGGUCUCUUCUGGGCGAUGUUUAACGAGCUGAUGUCGUCGUUUUUGUACUGGUUCAAAACGGAUCGGUACGCAACGACCCGGUGGAAAAAUGCCGUAGUCGCCGAAGUAGCUAGUCGGCGUUAUAGUACGUCUAUCCAGCGCAUUAACAAAAAAAUACUUUUAUACUUCGAAGAUCAGGUGGUGUCGAAGGACGACUGCGGUAAGAAGAGUUUGCCGAAACGCAGGAAACUGGACGAGUGCACUCACCUGACGGACCAGGCCGAAACGAUCAAACAAUUUUUCAGCAACCUUGACUGGGUUUUGGAAAAAUUGAAUCAUGGAACGGUACUUCAAUUACUGGAUGAACUGUCAGUACACGCCCAAGAGCCGGAAGCACGUUUUCUUAGAGACUUCCUAUCAUCUGCCAUGCCAGCCGUGAUGGACAACGGUUAUCAGCUGUUCUCGCAGAUGUCACUGUACCAGCCGAUGGCCGACCGGUAUCGGGCUUUGAUAAACGCGCCUCCUUUCCCAACACUGAUGCCUCUAGUUCCAGUGGACGCUGCAACGCAGUUGUUAGAAUCCACUGUGCCGCUUUCGGAUAGCCUCGAUGCCACGGGGAGGUUCGACUUAGUCAAACGAUUCAAUGAUGACGCAAACUAUGUGAUCACCGUCAGCACCGGGCAGAAAGAGAUAAGCGUGUGGGACGUACACACAUGUUCGAGGGUACGUACGCUCAAGGGAAUCCUUCAUCCGACUGCGCUGAAACUGAUCGACAAUCAGCGUUGCAUAGUGUUGUGCGAACGAAAACUAAUCGUCAUCAACUUGGCGACUGGAAAAGUGAUCAGCAAACUGAAAGGGGUAAUGAAUCAAAACAUGCCUUACUUCGGUUUGCAUAGUUCUACAAAACUCGUGGCGUUAGCCAGAAGCCGGAUGCACGUGAACUUGAUCGACAUCGAAACGGGUACGAUCGAGGCAUACUUCAAAGCUGGUGAAGAUAGAUUUUUGAAUUCGCUUCUUGUUUCCGGAAACGGAAGAGUCAUGGUAUGUGGCGACGAAACGCAAAAACCUUUCCCACUGCUCGUGUGGAACUUGACCUCCAGACAGUUGAUGUACGACUUGCGCAUACCAUUCCAUGAAUUCAUUACGCGACUCGCAGCCAUCACUUACGAGGGUCAUUACGUGUGCUGCGUUGCUCAAGAAGUCGACGAACCCGGGCCUAACUUCAUAGUGGUGUACGACUUACAGUCGGGCACGCUGUUCAAAAAGUGGAAGCCCGGCGUGAACUGCGUAGCGCUAGACAUAUCGUCUAAGGACGGAUGUGUUCUGAGCGGCCAUGAGAACGGCCACAUAUGCAUCUGGGACUUGACCACCGGAAACUGCCGGUGGACGCUCAGUGGCCACGUAGCACCAGUCACCAGCCUCCGACUAGAUCCAACCGGAGGUACUUUCGUGUCGCUAGACACGCACGCCCGAGACCGAACGAUCAAACUCUGGAAUGUCACAACCGGUCAACUCGUCUCGGAGUAUACCCCAACUAACCCGAUAACGGCGUUCGAAAUAUUGCCUGGCGGCGAAUUUGUGGUUGUCGCGUCUUCGGGCUCCGCGCACCCGACGGUCCUACAGCUCCGCGGGCCACAACAGUCCGCUGACGUGCAAACUACGACGACGACAACUACUACUUACGGCGAUGAAACGACGCUGGAAGUGGACUUAUCGUUAGACUUCCGAGACGAAGUGGCGGCAGCGGCCCCGGCUUCGACUUCCGCCGCUGUGUCUAGAUGACAGCCGCCGCCGAUGAUGGACUACGACGAUACAACUGCCAGAUCGGAACGAGGACGAGGAAACACGUUUGUCACUGUAGGUCUCCGCGAAAGAUUUCAUAAUGUUCGUACUAUCCUGUUGAAGAUGGCGACGGCAAUUAUGGUUAUUUCAUGUUAAUCUCGUUGAUAAUAGACAUCCUCCUCCUCUUAAUUUUCCUGUCAUACUUGCUUUACUCGUACAUCACACACACACACGAUACAUACACACACACACACACACACUGUGUAGUAACCCUUGUCGAAUGUUGACUGUUAUGAGUCUCUUCUCGGUCAACUAAAAUAUAGUCAUGAACACAGUUUUCAAAAAUCAGAUUUCUUUACUAUACCAUCAUUACUGUUAAUUCUACUAACUACUGUUUACUACUAGUAUUAUUACUAUAACUACUACUACUCAUCGCGCUGUAUAUGCCUUACACAUCCAAACGUACUUCUAUUUUUUUAUCUCCUAAGACUGAUCCUAAUUGUAAGAUAAUGCACAAAAAAUGUAGACGAAAAACCAAAUUAUUUUCAUUCGACUACAUCUAUGAUAUUUAAUAAUACAUAACAUUGUGUUCUGUUCAUCUUUUUAAUCGUAUAUUUCAAUCGGUAUUACUCUUCUCAAACAUCGUUAUUAUUAACCGACACAAUAUUUUAAGUCUUAACAUUUUAAUAUUAUCAUGAAUUGUCUUUUAAUCGUUAAGGGUUUUAAAUGAAAUAAAAACAAAAAAUUCAAAGUAACAAAAUGUUUUCUUUCUUUUUUUAUGAAAAAAAAAAAAAAA